GCUAUUUCAAGACAGCAGCUGGGUGGGGGGUGUUCCGUCUGGCUCUCACUCUGCAGUCGCCGCGAUUCAACUCCGGGUCCAACCAAACAAGUACAAAUCGUCUAUUAUAAGCGCUCGGCGAUUGAAUAACAUCACGAUUUCACUUCUCUUUACAAAUCCCUUUUAGGGUUUCUUGAAACUGAUUUCAAUUUAUUCUCAGUUGCGAAUCUAAGCUUUCUGUUCACUUUUUAGUUGGAGUUUGAAGAAGUUAUAAGGUGCAAGGCUUACUACAUUGAAAUGGACGAUUGGGAGGAGGAUGCACCUGUUUCAAUUGUCAUUAAAGAGGAUCAAACAAGAAAUUUGUGGGAUGAUGAAGAUGCGGAUGAUGAUGAGAUAAAAGAUUCUUGGGAGGACGAGGAUGAGCCUGCUCCAGCUCCUGCACCUGUUGCACCUCCUGCUGAAAAGGUCCCCAAAAAAUCAACUGCAAAAGCCACUGAUAAGAAAGGGAAAACUGUUGAAGUAGAAAAGGAACCAUCACUUGAUCCCUUGGCAGAAAAACUUCGCCAACAAAGGCUUGUGGAAGAAGCUGAUUACAAGUCCACUGCAGAACUGUUUGCUAAAAAAGGUGAUGAGAAGACGCUUGAUUCUUUCAUCCCCAAAUCUGAAAGCGAUUUCCUAGAAUAUGCAGAACUCAUUUCUUACAAGUUGCGUCCCUAUGAGAAAAGCUUCCAUUAUGUUGGGUUGCUUAAAGCUGUGAUGAGACUAUCAAUGACUGAUUUAAAAGCUGAAACUGCUAAGGAUGUAGCUUCUUCUGUUAAUGCAAUUGCAAAUGAAAAGCUUAAAGCAGAAAAGGAAGCCAAUGCUGGUAAAAAGAAGACAGGUGCGAAGAAGAAACAACUGCAUGUAGAUAAGGCGGAUGAUGAGGCGGCUGUUGAGACCUAUGGUGGCUAUGACGAUUAUGAUGACUUCAUGUGAGCUUAUUAUUCAUGGAUGAAUUUGAAUUUGAGUUGGAUUCUGGAUCCCCUUUUCUUCUCUGAUGAGAAUUCUAGGAUCUCUCAUGUGAGGAAUUUUGUUGCUAUUUUUGCCCAAGAAGACUAGUUUCCCCAAGUGUGUUCAAUUCUCAGUGUUUUACAGUCUGACUCUGAAACUGCAUCUAUAUAUUCUUUUUUUUAAUAUUUUUUUUGGGGCAAUGUUUUGAGUGACAAAGCUAAUCCUCUUGUUUAAAAUUCUUUCUAUUUUACCUGUUUGUUGUUUUAGACUGCAGAAUGAGGUUGCAGAACUAUUGUCCUCUUUCUCUAUAUACUUUCUUUGUCCUGAA